CAUCUAGGAGAAAAAAUGAGAAUUAGUCCAUCUGAUGUCAAUGUUUUGGUGAAGAAUAUUCCAAUACAUGACCGUGCAACAUGGACAGGUUUGCCACUCAAAGAAUUUUAUACACAAAUGUCUCUGGAAUCACCAUUUCCCAAGGCAGUCUCUAUCUCUGUCACCACCUCAAAAUGUAUGUUUCCACACCACAUAACAGUGAAAGCUCGUAAUCAAACAUUCCAGAUGUACAAGGAGUUCUUUAAAAAUACACUCCAAAAGACAGAAAGAGAAGAAAAAGAUGCACUGGAGAGGGAGAUGAAAAGAUGGGCAAAUUGGCAAGCAAGUGUGAAAAAUAUACAAAACUUAUAUAAAUAAACCAUUUCAGUCAGAAGUAGCUGCAAA